GAUGUGGCAUUGGCCAAGCUCUUUGAAGAAUGCGUCAAAAAAGAUCAGAGGUUCGAAAUGGUAAGGGAAGUCACCCUGGGACUAGCAAGUUUUAGACUGAAGGUGAGUUAUAUUCCCUUUUUCAGCCUUCUAUGUUUUUUAACCCAGUGGUUUUCAACCUUCCUAAUUCCGCGGGCCCUUUAAUACAAUUCCUCGUGUUGUGGUAAUCCCCAACAACAAAACUAUUAUCGUUGCUACAUCAUAGCUGUACAGUAUAUGUGUUUUCCUAUGGUCUUAGGCGACCCCAGGGAAAGGGUCCUUCGACCCCAAAAGGGGUCCUGACCCACAGGUUGAGAACCACUGUUUUUAUAUGAAAUCUCAAUACUCUCUGGGGUAUCGCUCAACCAAGUGGCAUUUCAGCACAACUUUUGAUAUAAAUAGAUAACAAUGGAGAAAGUGUUUGUUUUUUUUAACAUCUAUUAUUUAAUAGAUUAUCCAUAAGAAUUUCCACUGAACCGUGGACAGAUAUCGUAACUAAAAUAUCAUAAAUAAAUUUGAUGCCAACGUCUACGUUUGUCUUGCCGCAUAAACUGGAUUCGUAAUAAUCACUUUAAUGGAUGUCCACAUAUUUUAUUAACUGAGCACAUUUUUCUUUGUUAAAACUCCAUCAGGGUGACAAUGAGGUCAAUGAAAGACUUGUCGCCAAGAUCAACCUGGACAGAAGGAUCCACCUGGUGCCGUCUAAGAUCAGAGAAACAUUCUUCUUACGGUUUGCCAUCUGCGCCAUGGACUCCCAGGCGUCCGAUGUGAAGUAUGCGUGGGCUGUUAUCCAAGAGCUGGCCGACACACUGGACCAUGAAAACGGAUAUUAA